UUUAAAUACCUGGGAGUCCACAUCUCUGAGGAUAUGACAUGGACAUCACACGGCGCAGCACUCGUGAGUAAGGCAAGGCAGCGCCUUUACCACCUCAGGCAAUUGAGGAAAUUCAGAGUGUCUCCGAGGAUCCUCCAGUGCUUCUACUCAGCGGCUGUGGAAAGCAUCUUGUCCGGAAUUAUUACAAUCUGGUUUGGGAAUUGCUCUGCCCAGGACAAGAAGGCUCUUGCUCGGCCGAACGCAUUAUGGGAACUUCACUCGCCCCUUGCAGGAGAUAUACAUCAAAAGGUACAACUCCAGAGCCAAUAAGAUCAUGGGAGACCCCUUCCACCCCUGCAACGGACUGUUCCAGCUGCUACGGUCAGGCAAACGCCUCCGUUGCCAUGCUGUGAGAACGGAGAGGUUGAGAAGGAGUUUCUUCCCAGAGGCCAUUAGGACUGUAAACUCCUAACUUCACUGUAGCACUCUGCUGCUUUUUAAAAAAUUGUUGUUUUUUUUCCUUCCGCCCAUAACAUUUAAUAUGAAAAAGAAUAUGUGAUUCUGUUCCAUUCUGUUUGUAGUUUGUUAUUUUUUAUUGAAUUUUUUAAAUCAUCAGAACAAAAUCAUAUUGUAAAUUAAAAGUGAAACCUCUUUUAAAAUCCAAUAUUAAUAGGUUUUAAUCUAUCUGAGAAGUAAGAAAAGGAUUACACAAAUAACCUUGCUUUAUUGCUGGUUCAUAUAACUAGAUUAAAAAGUUUCAGAACCAGCAGUUAGUGAGAUGGAUGCUGUUUUAAAAUGCAGUACAAUUCUGGUUCAAUACCAGGUCAAUGAUUGAAAGUUGAAUUAAACAUUCCAGUGCAGUUGUGCAGCAAGUAAGCAGUGUAGUGUAAAGCAUAUUGAGAAGGUAACUCCUCAUGAUUCCAGAUUCUCAAUUAGUACGGGUGUCAGUGGUUAUGGGGAGAAGGCAGGAGAAUGGGGUUGAGAGGGAACGAUAGAUCAGUCAUGAUUGAAUGGCAGAGUAGACCUGAUGGGCCGAAUGGCCUAAUUAUGCUUCUGGAACGUAUGAACAUGAUUCCAGCAUUACUCAGUUGUCAGUCUCAAUCCGUGAACUGUUAGUUUUUGUUCCAUUGCGAUGGUUAUUAUUCUGAUUUAAAUAUAUUUAAAAAUGACUUACUUUGGAAAAAAAUGACUUACUUUGGAAAAUGUGCAUUCCUGUGAAAACAUGAUUCUUAAAUUUGAUCACGAUGACACUUUUUUUAAUUGACAUUAUCCACAUAUGGACUAGUUGGUAGUGCGGAUUCUGGCCUGUGUGACAUUACAUUGAGAUCAUCGUUUCGGUUCUCGUUCUUUUUAUAGCAUACAGAGUUAACUUUAUAUUCCUUUCCCCUUGCAGAGAAACACGAAUGGCAAGAACUAAUCGCGCUGUGUUAAUGUGUGGGUGAGACAGCGUCUUGACAAAGCUGGUCUAACCACACAUGCACGCGUCAGCUUUACUAAAAUCACCAACGUCGUUUUUCACCUUGUUUCAGUGCAGAACUGCGGUCUCGGCAGCAUGACAUAUAUAAUUAAAGCUGUAAUGUUCAAGCUCUGCAUUUUGUUAUUUAAAAAUCAGAUCGUGGCCCCAUCGAAAGCCACUGAGACGGUAGAGCUGAUCAACGCCACCAUUGGAGGAAAUGUGCUAUUUUCUGUGAACUGUACAUCCUACAUGAAUCGAUCAAUAGAAUGGAAGAUGAACGGGUCAAUCACAAAAAGUAUCAUGGUCCAUGACAUCGCAGGCGGUCACACCAUCUUUGCCGAUUACGAGGGACGGGUGGAAGAUUUUAAAAAUUGCUCCUUUUUAUUAACCAACAUUCGACUAAAUGAUACAGGGUAUUACACUGUGACACUGGUGGACACUGAAGGAAAGGUAAUCACAAAAACAAAAAAGUUGUUUGUCACUGCAAAUGGUCGCAAAGAUGACCACUAUAAGCAUGAAGGAAAUACGACCAAGGGCAACAAAAGUUGGAAAUUCAAUGCCAUUAUCAUUGGUGUCAGUCUGCUUGGAGCAAUUGUAAUCUGUGUCACACUUGCAUACUUCAUAUGGAGAAGACUGCAGAAAAAUACAGAGACUGAUGGUCAAGAUGUGAAGAGGAACGAGAAUCAAAAUAGCUAUGUCCCAGAGAUUGUUUAUUCAACCUAUGUUGGUGCUUUUGUUAACUAUGGGAAGUCAUAUCAAACAACUUCUUUGGAUCAAACAUGACAAGACAAGAAAUCCACUGUGAAAAUUAUUUGAUGAACUUGUCUGUUAUUUAAAAGAGCACAGUAGAACGUCUGAGCACAUGUGGACUCCUGUUAUCCAUCUUGUUAGUUAUUCUACACAGAUUUGUGUUGUGGGGCAGCUUAAAUAUAAGCACAUCUGCCUGCCCAGCACCCACCUGCAAAUGGAUCCAUCACCUCCCCAAAACAGCAUAAUAACUUUCUCCUCGGCAGUUGCAGCCAGCAAUAUCCACAGUGCUGAGAUGAGCACAGUGUGCCUGUUUGAAUGGGCCAAUUUUUGACUGGUGUACUGCGCACACACAGGGGGUUGUUUCUAUUCUAAAUCCACCCAGAGAAGAAAUCAGUGCGGUCAGAUCAGCACUGACCAGCAUUUUGAAUCUUGUCAUAAAGUCAAUGGUAAGUAGGACUGGAUGGUUAAAAUGAAGAGACGUCAGCUCACAAGAGGAUGCCAAAGGAAACAUUAAAUUGAUGCUUCCUUCUGCUGUAACUAACACCACCCGUUAUAGCUGAAGUCAAAUAUUUACCAGCACAGAACAUGUUCAUUUAAACAGGCAGUCUGUGCAUUGAUUUAUAUUGCCUUUCUACAGAGCUGAUUUUAGAGUCGUAGAGUCAUAGUCAUGAUACAGUGUGGAAACAGGCCCUUCGGCCCAACUUGCCCACACCUGCCAAAAUGUCUCAGCUACACUAGUCUCACCUGCUAGCGUUUGGUCCACAUCCCUCCAAACCUGUCCUAUCCAUGUAUCUGUCCAACUGUUUCUUAAAUGUUGGGAUACUCCCAGCUUUAACUACUUCCUCUGGCAGCUUGUUCCAUACACCCUCCACC